CUCAUAUUUUCAACACCACAAGGUUUUUAUUCACUCCCUCUUACACCUCGGUCGAGUCAACAACUCCUGUUUACAUCUCAGUUGAGUCAACACGUCUCUGCAUGAUUUCCUCUCCGGGCUUUAUUCUUCCGUGCCCAUUACCUCUUUUACAGCAUGUCAACUCUUUUUCUGCCGUCCUCAACGGGCUGGCAGUUUUCCUGUGGACCGUUUUAAUAAGGACCGACAUGGCGCCUAAUUCUCUUCUGGGAGCCUUUCACCCACAUGAGCUCGACUCAGCUCAUCUAAACAUUCAUCAUAAAAGGUCGGCGCAUCAAUCGAGCGACUCACUGCUCAGCACCACUACCGGCUCUGAUGUCUGCAUUUCUACCUUGGCCACCGACAUCGAACAACUCACUGUUACAUCGUCGAGCGCCACAUUCCUCUCUUCUCUUCUCGCCUGUGAGUUGCUUCAUCAUCAUCAUCACGAGCGUCGGCGUCGCGUUCUUCGCGGCUCUGCAGCCACGUCAAUGAAGUUGCGUUUCCGCCAUCAAGCCUCCGCACCAUCAUCGCAUAACAUGGCGAUGAAGUAUGCUUGUUGGACGUCUAUCUCAAGUACAGAUGGAAGAGAGGGAACUCUUCAGUCAUCACAGGAACAUGAUGAAGGAAACAUCCGCAUCAAGGAGGAAGGAGAAAUUAAGAAGGAGACGUGUCUUUCCAUUCCAGGUUCAGAUAGACUGAUAUAUGAGGGUCAGCUUGUAACUCAUGAUGGCCUGGUCUUCACCAUCAAACCAGAAGUUGACACAGACAUGUUUGAAUCCCUCUCAAGUACAGAAGGACAAGACCUAUCGACUGAACAAGAAAUGGUCUAUGCCACCAUAAAGCAAGUAAACAAAGAAGAGAUAUUUGAACCUAUUACAACUCACGGUGAAGGAGGAGGAGAAACUGAGCAAUCAAUUCCUGAAGGCUUGGUCUUCACCAUCAAACAAGAAGUUGACACAGACAUGUUUGAAUCCCUCUCAAGUGCAGAAGGACAAGACCCAUCGACUGAACAAGAAAUGGUCAAUGCCACCAUAAAGCAGGAAGACAAGGAAGAGAUAUUUGAACCUAUUACAACUCAAGGUGAAGGAGCAGGAGAAAAUGAGCAAUCAAUUCUUGAAGAGUUGGACAAUGGACAAGACAAUAUACACCCACAUAUAACAUCAUGCAGUGGAGAGAAGUCCCAUCUGUGUUUACAUUGCAGUAAGACAUUUACAGAUGAGAACACUCUUAUACUACAUCAGAAAACACACCAGGUCGACUAUGAGCUUACUAGCCACCUUCGAACACAAACUCAAGAGAAACCUUUCAACUUUUCCCAGUGUGACAAGGAUUUUCCUUGCCAAAGUAAUCUAGGAAAGCAUCUAAGGACGCAUACAGGUGAAAAGCCUUUUCAAUGUUCCCAUUGUUGUAAGACAUUUUCUCAAAAGAAUGAGCUUACUAGCCACCUUAGAACACAUAGAGGAGAAAAACCCAACAAGUGUUCCCAGUGUGAUAAGGUUUUUACUUGCCAAAGUAAUCUGACUACCCAUUUAAAAACACACAGUGGAGAAAAGCCUUACCGAUGUCCCAAUUGUGAUAAAGGAUUUUCUGAAAAGAAUCAUCUUACUCGUCACCUUAGAACACAUACAGGAGAGAAACCAUUUAAGUGUUCUCAGUGUGAUACAGAUUUUGGUCGAAGAAGUUCCCGUAUUAGACAUUUAAGAACACACAGUGGAGAAAAGCCUGAUCAAUGUUCCCAUUGUGAUAAGACAUUUGCUCAAAAGACUCAUCUUACUAGCAACCUUAUAAGACAAACAGGAGAGAAAGCCUUCAAGUGUUCCCAGUGUGAUGAGGGUUUUUCGGAAAGAAGUACCCUCAUUAGACAUCUUAGAACACAUACAGGAGAGAAACCGAACAAGUGUUUCCAAUGUGAUAAGGUUUUUACUUGCCAAAGUAAUCUGACUACCCAUUUAAGAACACACAGUGGAGAAAAGCCUUACCGAUGUCCCAAUUGUGAUAAAGGAUUUUCUGAAAAGAAUCAUCUUACUCGUCACCUUAGAACACAUACAGGAGAGAAACCAUUUAAGUGUUCUCAGUGUGAUACAGAUUUUGGUCGAAGAAGUUCCCUUAUCAGACAUUUGAGAACACACAGUGGAGAAAAGCCUGAUCAAUGUUCCCAUUGUGAUAAGACAUUUGCUCAAAAGACUCAUCUUACUAGCCACCUUAUAAGACAAACAGGAGAGAAAGCCUUCAAGUGUUCCCAGUGUGAUGAGGGUUUUUCGGAAAGAAGUACCCUCAUUAGACAUCUUAGAACACAUACAGGAGAAAAACCCAACAAGUGUUUCCAGUGUGAUAAGAUUUUUACUUGCCAAAGUAAUCUGACUACCCAUUUAAGAACACACAGUGGAGAAAAGCCUUACCAAUGUCCUAAUUGUGAUAAAGGAUUUUCUGAAAAGAAGAAUCUUACUCGUCACCUUAGAACACAUACAGGAGAGAAACCAUUUAAGUGUUCUCAGUGUGAUACAGAUUUUGCUGAAAGAGGUACCCUUAUUAGACAUUUAAGAACACACAGUGGAGAAAAGCCUGAUCAAUGUUCCCAUUGUGAUAAGACAUUUGCUCAAAAGACUAUUCUUACUAGCCACCUUAGAAGACAUACAGGAGAGAAGCCUUUCAAGUGUUCCCAGUGUGAGAAGGGUUUUUCUCAAAGAAGUCUACUUACAAGACAUUUAAGAACACAUAGUGGAGAAAAGCCUUUUCGAUGUCCUAAUUGUGAUAAAGGAUUUUCUGAAAAGAAGAAUCUUACACGUCACCUUAGAACACAUACAGGAGAGAAACCAUUUAAGUGUUCUCAGUGUGAUACAGGUUUUGCUCAAAGAGGUACCCUUAUUAAACAUUUAAGAACACACAGUGGAGAAAAGCCUUAUCAAUGUUCCCAUUGUGAUAAGAUAUUUGCUCAAAAGACUAUUCUUACUAGCCACCUUAGAAGACAUACAGGAGAGAAGCCUUUCAAGUGUUCCCAGUGUGAUAAGGGUUUUUCUCAAAGAAGUCACCUUACGAGACAUUUAAGAACACACAGUGGAGAAAAGCCUCAUUGAUGUUUCCAUUGUGUACUAGAAAAAAAACAUAAAAAUGUCCCAAUUGUUAUAUCAGAUUUUCUUAUAAAAAGGAUGUUAUUAGCUAGCUUAGAUAACAUUCAGGGGGAAACCCUUUAAUUGUUCCUUUUGUGAUACAGGUGUUUCUGAACGAGGCCAUCUUACCUGUCAUGUUUAUAGGACACACACACUAGAGAAAAACCUUAUAAAUGUUGUGAUUGUAAUAAGAUUUUUUUUUUAUAAAAGGGAUGUUACUAGCCACCGUAGGACCAUACAGGAGAGAGACACUUCAAGUGCUCACAAGGCAUAUAAGAACACUCAUAAACCCUAUAGAUGUUACAAUUGUAUUAAGAGAUUUUCUUUUAACACUAAUCUCACUGGUUAUCUGAGAAUACAUACUGGAGAAAAGCCAUUUAAUGUUCACUUUGUUCUAAAAGGGAUUGUUAUUGUUCAUACAGUCAUGAUCUUGCUAAUUGCCUGAUAACACACGGAGUAGAAAUGCCAUAUAAAUGUUGUAAAUAUAAUAAAAGAAUUUUGUUGUUUAAGUGAUUUUAAAAAAAAUAUAUAAUUCUAAGUUUAUUGCUUCAAAUCUGAAUACAUAAAAAUCAGUUUGUGAAGGACAUUUACAUAAUAAGGAGUGGUACAUUAUGAAAUAUAGCUUACAGAAUACAUUGAAGAUAACAUUGAUAACAAUUUUACAUACUUGUUUUGCCAUUUCAAUGUAUGUUCAGCAUUUGUCCUUGUUUAUGGCAAUAACCCUUUCCACUUUUUCUAAAUAAAUCAUUUCCAACUUGAGCUGUAUAAAUCUUAAGUUAUUUUCUUUGCAUUUUUUUUGAAAAAUAAAGUGUUGACCAUACAUAACAAAA